GUGUCGCGCCGGAAGUGACGCGCCGGAGGCCAUGAGGGUGUGGGCAGGGCCGCUGAGGGCGGCCGGGGCGUUCCGGGAGCGCUUCGACUUCGGCGGCCGCGAUGUGGCCUCUUGGUUCCCGCGGCACAUGGCGAAAGGGUUGCGGCAGAUGCAGGCGGCGCUGCGCCGCGCUGACUGCCUGGUGGAGGUGCACGACGCUCGGAUCCCGGUGUCGGGCCGUAACCCCGCACUGAAGGAGGCUCUGGGCAUCCGCCCGCAUGUCCUGGUGCUGAACAAGAUGGACCUGGCUGAUCCCCGCCGGCAGCCGGCGGUGUUGGAGCGGCUGAAGGAGCAGGGGUGCCCGCAGGUGGUGUUCGCCGACUGCCAGCGCGAUGUCGGGGUCAAGAAGAUCGUCCCCCUGGUUGCCCGGCUGGUGGCUGAGGGCCCACGCUACCACAGGGCCGAGAGCUCCGACUUCAACAUCCUGGUGAUCGGCGUGCCCAACGUGGGCAAAUCCUCGCUCAUCAACUCCUUGCGGAGGCUGCACCUCAAGAAGGGGAAAGCCACGGUGGUGGGGGCCGAGCCCGGCAUCACCAAGGCAGUGCUGACCAGGAUCCAGGUCUGCGAGAAGCCCCUGAUGUACCUGGUGGACACCCCUGGUGUGCUGCCCCCGAAGCUGGGGGAUGUGGAGACGGGCAUGAAGCUGGCACUGUGUGGAGCCAUCCAUGACCACAUGGUGGGGGAGGACAUGAUGGCUGACUACCUGCUGUACACCCUGAACAAGCAGCAGCAGUUCGGGUACGUGCAGCGCUACGGGCUGGGCGAGCCCUGUGACCACAUCGAGCCCGUGCUGAAGCACGUGGCCCUCGCCCAGGGCCGCACGCAGAAGGUGACGGUGCUGACGGGCACAGGGAAUGUCAACGUGACGAUGCUCAACUACACGGCAGCUGCCUACGAGUUCCUGCGGGACUUCCGAGCGGGACGCCUGGGCAGGGUGACACUGGACUGAGACCUGUCCCGUGGGAGAGAGGCACUGCCUGCAGCUGUGCGGGCAGGGGACACCUCAGCAGGGAGCUCUGGUGUGUGAUUGAAGUGGCUCUGCUGGGACAGCUCCUGGUUCCAGGCAAAGCGCCGGAGGGACAGAAUGCCAAUGGUGGCAGCUGAGGUUGCCCUGUGGUGUCACUCUAUGGGGAGCUGUUCCCACCCCAGGGAGCCUGGGGCAGAGAUGGUGCCUCCGGCUGGGACAGAAUCCCUGGGGAGCCAUUUCAUUGCUGUAGCCUUGGCCUGCUCAGGGACCUCCAUCCUGAAAUAAAGCCUGUGUGGGCAGGGGGCCGGGCGGUGGCCAUCCCAAGGUCCUGCCAGAGCCCCUCGUCCCGCAUCCAGCCACACCUGCUUUUGUCCAGCUUUAUUGUCGCCUCCUCGUCCUCGCGAGGCCAGGGACAGAGGCGCGGUGCAAAGGGGUGCCCGAGCCGGCGGGGUUUGGAACGGCAUGGGGGGAGGUGGUGGAGGGGCUCCCGCGGGGGUCCUGCCCCGCUGGCAGUGGGUGGGCACAGCCCCAGGAGCU